AUGAUAAAAAUACUUUCUAAUGAAGACAGUGCAAUAAUCCAGACAGAGCAGAUACUUCCAGAUAUUCAUAGGCUAAUUAAAGAAAUGAUACACAAUAGUAUAGAUGCACAGGCCACGUCAAUAACAAUUACAAUAUGCACGGUUGACAAAAGCAUAGUAUACCUAAUAGAAGACAAUGGAACAGGAAUAGAAGUGAACGAGUAUUUUUUAAUGAAGGGAGGGACCUCAAAAUAUGGGCAGAAUAACAUGUACGGAUAUAAAGGGAUGACACUAUAUUCUUUAAAAUUGGUUAGCGAUUUUAGUAUAAAUACUAACUAUAAUGGAAUAAAGAAACUAAUCAAUGCAAAAAGCAGAGAAGUAUCAGUUAUGCAGGGGUAUAAAGACAGCAAAGGUACGACAAUAAGUAUAUCUAGUUAUUAUGCAUUAAACCCCAUUAGAUACAAUUACUUAUUGACCAACUUAAACAAGAAUAUUCAAUACAUUGUAGAAGAUAUAAGAAAGUAUAAUACGGUGCAUAAUAUACAAUUUAAGCUGUACAAGAAUCAAAGCAUACUAUACAACACACUAUAUAGCAUAGCUAACAAGCCAUUAAGUAUCACUGAAAGGAUAAUACAGAUAUAUAAUAUACCGAAUUCAGUAAGAAUAGUAUUUAAAGGAAAGUAUUUCAUUCUAGAAUGUAUUAUAGAGAAAGAAGGCGGAAAAAGCGCAAGAAGUAAUAAAAAAGAAAAAAGAAUACAAGGAGUAAUUCAUAACAAAUCAAGAAUACUUGAGAAAAGUUCUGUAGAAAAAGCUGUGCAGAGCGGGCUGACUAUUUCCAAUCGGGUGUUUUAUAACUUAGAGAUUUUAGAGGAUAAAGAAAUAACAAUACUAUCUGAGAUAAGCAGAAUCAGCAAGUAUAACAUAGAGGAAGCUCUUGCACAGAAUGAAAAAAACCAACCUCCUGUUAUAUUUAAUCUUACAGAUGAAAACAAUGAAAGUGCUAGUCAACAGAGCACAGAAAUUGGAAAUAGCGCAAGAAUCAUUAAGAAAGCUAAGCAAGAAGAGGUAGAAAAUAAAAUACCAGCAGCUGAUUUGGAAAAAGAAGAAAUUGCUAGUAAAAAAAGUAGUAAAACUAGAGAGGAUAUAAUUACACUGGAAAAGGACUCUAGUUCACAAAUUAAUGAGUCUGAAUGCAAUGUUUCAGAAAUACAUGACAAGCCGCAUAGCAAAGUAAAAGACGAAAGAAUACAGGCAAUAGUUAUAGACAAAAAUGAAUGUCUAACUACUCACACAUAUGAAAGUGGAAUAGGUUUAACCAUAGAAGAGUUAUCUAAGUUGGUAAUAGUUGGCCAGUUCAAUAAUGGAUUUAUAAUAUGCACACUUGCCAAAGAGGGCAAUAUACAUAUGUACAUAAUAGACCAGCACGCAGCGGAUGAGGCAGUUAAUUAUGAGCAGCUUCGGAGUACAGUUGUAUAUAAGAAACAAAAAUUAAUACAACCUAUGAAAGUCAAACUGACUGAAUAUGACAUGCAUGUGAUAAGAGAAAACAUGGAAUAUGUAAAAAGAAACGGAUUCGGGUUAAACGCUGAGUUAACAGAACUAAUAGAAGUCCCAUCAUAUGAGGAUAGAAUAUAUGGAGAAAGCGAGUUGCUUGAAGUGAUUGAAUCUAUAAAGGAAGACAAUAUAGAAGAGGGAAAGCACAUAAUAUUUACAGAGCUCAGGAGACUUCUUGCCAGCAAAGCCUGCCGCUCUAGUAUUAUGAUAGGUGAUGUUCUGAAUAUGCAACAGAUGAGUAAAAUAGUUAGCAGCCUGUCAAAAACAACCAGGCCAUGGAAUUGUCCGCAUGGCAGACCAACUAUCAUAUUGUUACAAAAUAGAAAGAACAGAGUAUUUAGGUGAAAUAUAUAAAGUAAAAUAAAG